AAAAAUAUAUAACGAUAUCUUGAUUUUGAUCAUAGGAUUGAAUCAAAUUAUGAUAAUAUCAUAUCAAACAAUACUUUGUCGCACUUAUAUUAUGGUUAAAGCGAUGUUGUCUUCAGUAAAGUUUGUAUGGAUUUUAUUGUUUGUCUGUUCCACAUAUGUUGUCACCAAUUGUACGCCACUCAGCAAAUGUAUGGCAUUUGUUCAGAGCCCAGGAAUCAAUGGAAAAGCAAUAGCAUCUCAAAGCAAUGAAAUGAAUGUAAUAAAGAAAGCAAUGGAUAAUUCAUUGGCAAACAAUUUAAGGGCUUGUCUUUUAAACGAAGAGGGCUUCAGAUUUAAAAAAGGUGUGAAAUUGACUAAAAUAACGCCAUUAUUGACAGUUUCGCGGCUAAAGAAUUAUCUUCUUGAUUAA